GAAGAAGAAGAAGAAGACGAUUUUCUCUGCUCCGAAAUUUGCAGAAUAGAAAGCUUAUGUUGUCGGUCAGCCUUGAAGAAAACUAAACGAGCAUAACUUGUCAUGAGUGUUUUCUGUCGCUUUCUCUCGAGAGGACUUCUCUGCGGACAGGCAACAUGUCGGUUUGUAACCGGACAGCAGGAUUUCAGCGGUGGCAUGCUGCGGAUGGCUCGGGCUGUUGGCUCGACAAGCCCUGUGAACCUGACCUAUGACGUGUUUGACGGGACAGGGGACAGCACCCCCCUGGUAUUCCUCCAUGGGCUGUUCGGCAGCAAGUCCAACUUCCACUCUAUAGCCAAGUCCCUGGUGCAGAGGACAGGCCGAAAGGUGCUGACGGUCGACGCCCGUAACCACGGUACCAGCACGCACAGCGCCGACCUGACCUACGAGGCGAUGACCAAUGACUUGACACACCUGCUCGCCCAGCUGCACAUCGGGAAGUGCGUCCUGAUUGGCCACAGCAUGGGGGGCAAGGUCGCCAUGACGACGGCCCUAUCGCAGCCUGGCCUGGUGGAGAGGUUGGUGGUGGUGGACAUCAGUCCAGCCCAGACCACCACCCGCACCAACUUCCACUCCUAUAUCCAGGCCAUGAAGGAUGUGAAGAUCUCUAGUGACCUCCCUCGCUCGACCGCCCGCCGCAUGGCCGAGGACCAGCUACGCAAACUGGUCAAGGAGCGCUCAGUGCGCCAGUUCCUGCUGACUAACUUGGUGGAGCAGAACGGACACUACGCCUGGAGGGUCAACCUGGACGCCAUCGCCGCGCACCUUGAUGACAUCAUGAGCUUCCCUACCUUCGAAACCACAUACGAGGGCCCCACCCUCUUCCUGGGCGGAGCCAGUUCUGCCUACAUCAGUUCUGAGGACUAUCCAGAGAUCCAGCGGUUGUUCCCCUGUGCAGACAUUCAAUACAUCCCAGACGCCAGCCACUGGAUCCACGCAGACAAACCCCUGGACUUCAUCAGCUCCAUCAGCUCCUUCCUGCAGCCCUAACCGUACUCUGCUCCAACCCUCUCCACCCACCACCACCUAAUUACUAACCCUACCCUGCUCCAACCCUCUCCACCCACCACCACCUAAUUACUAACCCUACUCUGCUCGAACCCUCUCCACCCACCACCACCUAAUUACUAACCCUACCCUGCUCCAACCCUCUCCACCCACCACCACCUAAUUACUAACCCUACUCUGCUCCAACCCUCUCCACCCACCACCACCUAAUUACUAACCCUACCCUGCUCCAACCCUCUCCACCCACCACCACCUAAUUACUAACCCUACUCUGCUCAAACCCUCUCCACCCACCACCACCUAAUUACUAACCCUACUCUGCUCCAACCCUCUCCACUCACCACCACCUAAUUACUAACCAUACUCUGCUCCAACCCUCUCCACCCACCACCACCUAAUUACUAACCCUACUCUGCUCCAACCCUCUCCACCCACCACCACCUAAUUACUAACCCUACCCUGCUCCAACCCUCUCCACCCACCACCACCUAAUUACUAACCCUACUCUGCUCAAACCCUCUCCACCCACCACCACCUAAUUACUAACCCUACUCUGCUCCAACCCUCUCCACUCACCACCACCUAAUUACUAACCAUACUCUGCUCCAACCCUCUCCACCCACCACCACCUAAUUACUAACCCCUACUCUGCUCCAACCCUCUCCACCCACCACCACCUAAUUACUAACCCUACCCUGCUCCAACCCUCUCCACUCACCACCACCUAAUUACUAACCCCUAAUCUGCUCCAACCCUCUCCACCCACCACCACCUAAUUACUAACCCCUACUCUGCUCCAACCCUCUCCACCCACCACCACCUAAUUACUAACCCUACCCUGCUCCAACCCUCUCCACCCACCACCACCUAAUUACAGGACAACCACUGGCCUUUAACAUUAUUCACGCUACUAUGGCACAGCACAAAGCCACUGUUAUCCAAUGGAGUAGAAGCACAAGCUCGGAAGGGCAUGCUAUGCUGCGAAGGCUCUGAGGGUGUCUGUCACCGCUGUUGCCUGCACUCAUCAAAGUUCAAAUCAUUUUUGGACCUUUCCAAUGUCUGUGCGUGGUGUUGUUAGGCUCCGCCCACUCACACUGGGGUCCACCUCUUAAAACAGCCAGUAGGUAGAGCUUCAAACCAGAGGAGGCGCAGCCAUCUUAGUAGACAAUCCUAAUAUUGCUAACCCUGGACCAAACUCACUCUUUCUUUCCAUGCUGACUGUCUUACCCUUAAAGGAGCUGUAUGUAAUGUUUUGGCAUUUGUAAUUUCAGAAAAUGUCUUUAAUAUAUCUACAGUAAUAGCGGAAUGAUAGUUUCAUAUUUUUUCCCCAAAAAAGAUUGGGCCCACACAAAAUUGCAUUCUAAUGGUGCAGCCUUCUUAUUGGUCAACAAAAGACAGACAAUCUCUUGUUGUGAAAUUGACUGGGGCCAGCAAAUCUCUUGUUGUCAAAUUGACAACAAGAGUUACAUAUAGCUCCUUUAACCGCCAUCUUGUAAUACACUCAAGGAUUUAUUGUGUAAAUGUAUAUUACCCUACUUAAUAGAUAUGUAAAUAGUAAGAAAAGUAGGUAGUUGGGUUGUCAGUAGGUAGUUGGGUAGUCAGAGCGGUUGAGAUUAGAUUUAAAGUAGAUAGAUUGACAGUUUGUUUUUAAAUGAGGGAGUUGUUUUAGAGGUGAGUUACUAAUCCAAAGAUCCUCUGGUCAUUGUUGCACAGUACCAUUCUACUCUAUCAGGUUGAUGUAAAUCAGCGUUGAAGAAAGGCUUCGAGCCAGGUCUUAUAUAGUCUAGUCUGGAGAUGUUCUGUAUGUAUCUGGCUACGUCUCAAAUGGCAUCCUAUAUCCCAUAUAGUGCACUAGUUAAAGAUGCACUAUGCUGAAAUCGCUCCGCCAUUUC